AUGUCUUUGCCUCAGCGGCCGGGAAAGGUCUCCCCGCGGCGAGAGGAAACGCAGGCGUUCCGAGACACUUCGCGCAGACGACGUCGGGAUAUCGAGUCGGGCGACAACAACGAGACACUGUCCAGCCCACAUCGACACCACCAUCGCCGCCAUUCGCACAGCUCCAGAAAAACUAGGGAUAUGGAUGAAGAGAGACUCGAACCCGGUGGGCACAAGAAGAGUCAAGUGAGGCCGGAGCGCAGUCGCAUCGACGAGAACCAUCCCAACUACCACUAUCGGCAAAAGUCUCAAAAUAUGCCAGUAUACCCGUCAACAACCGGAAAUGAACCGCUGAUCGAAGGCGACGAGCUCAACAGAGACAGUUCGCAAAGCACAGAGCACAGAGGCAGGGACGGUGAUUUUGCUACGCACGGAAAUAUCAACAAGCCCAUGGAGCGGGCGCCGAGCCGUCAUCGGUCGAAGAGGAAGAAGUCCCGAAAACUCUCAAGAAAGGCAGCUACAGAGGAAAAGCGACGGCAGAAGGCCAUGGAGCAAGUUCGUCCGCCGAGCCCCUGGAGUGCUUAUUGUGCAAUCAUCACUUUUUGGGCACCCAACUUCAUCCUGAAAUGUUUUGGGAUGCCGCAGAAGGCCCAGCGAGAAGCCUGGCGUGAGAAGAUCGGUCUUAUCAGUCUCAUUCUACUUAUCGCAGCAUUUGUCGGUUUCCUCACCUUUGGUUUCACUGCAACUGUCUGUUCCUCGCCUCCAUUACGGUUGAAGAUCAACCACGUCGACCGUGGGUACAUGAUCUUUCAUGGGGAGGCCUACGAUCUGUCUAAGUCGAAGCAUCCAGCGGCUGCGGGUAUUCCGGCUGACGCUAACGUUCUCUAUGACUUACCUCACAAGUAUGGGGGCCAGGACGGAAGUUUCUUCUUCCAGCAGGUCAACGGCGCCUGCAAAAAUCUCAUCACCUUGAAACCGGGAUCAGAUAUCCCUUCGAAUUCAGACGGAGAUCUCGCCUGGUACUUCCCCUGUACGGCUUUCAAUCAAGAUGGCUCCUCGAAGCCGAACUUCACCUCACCAUACUAUAAUGGCUGGAGCUGCCACACUUCGGGAACCGCUCGGAAGGCAUUCUACAGCCUGCGGAGCUCAGGCGAUGUGUACUUCACAUGGGCUGAUACACGGAAUAAGAGUCGGAAUCUUGCGGUUUACUCAGGAAACGUCCUGGACUUUGACCUUCUGAACUGGCUCGAUGAAUCUCAGCUCAACAUUCCGGCUAAAUUUACUGAACUUCGCACGAAUCCGGAUGUGCGCGGCGUUGACUUGACUUACUACUUCCAAACGGGCGAAGAUAAGAGGAUUGGAAAGUGCUUGUCACAGAUCAUCAAGGUCGGUACCAUUGAUACGGACACAGUUGGUUGUAUCGCGUCAAAGGUCGUUCUCUACGUGUCCUUGAUAUUCAUCCUAUCGAUUGUCGCCGUCAAAUUCGUUUUUGCCCUGUUCUUCCAGUGGUUCGUCUCUACUCGGUAUGCGGCUUCGAAGACCAGCAUGGGAGCCGAUUCGAAAACCCGCAAGCAGGAGAUUGAGGACUGGUCUAAUGACAUCUAUCGGCCUGGUCCUCGCCUGGCAGACCAACACUUGCCUGAGCGUCCUAAUAAGCGAGCCAGUUUCUUACCAACCACAUCACGAUUCUCCAGUCCCUAUACUGUGAGCAAUGGAGGCAAGCAAAAGCCUCAGUAUGUUACAAUGGCCAGUCAGAACUCGACCUCCCGGCUACUCCCAAGCACUGCCGGUUCCAUGUACAAACAGAGCCACAACAGCAGUGGUGGCUCAUUGCAUCUAGAACCGUCGCGUCUGAACCCCGCUGCGAGUGGUACCAGCCUCGUCGUCGGGGCGGAGUCCGAUGGCCUCGGGUCAUCUGCUUAUAUCCACGAAGCUGUUGUCCCGCAACCUCCUCCUGAAUGGCAGCCGUACGGCUUUCCUCUUGCUCACGCCCUGUGUUUGGUCACUUGCUACUCUGAAGGCGAAGAGGGUAUCCGCACUACGCUGGACUCUAUCGCCAUGACCGAUUACCCUAACAGCCACAAGUCUAUCAUUGUUAUCUGCGAUGGUAUGAUCAAGGGUAAGGGUGAAGAAUACUCCACGCCGGAAAUUGUCCUUCGCAUGAUGCGAGAUCCCGUCAUUCCCAUGGAUGAGGUUGAGGCAUUCUCCUAUGUGGCCGUUGCCACCGGUUCCAAGCGUCAUAACAUGGCGAAAGUGUAUUCCGGGUUCUACGACUACGGCGAGACCUCCGUCAUUCCCCCGGAGAAGCAGCAGCGUGUACCCAUGAUGAUCAUCGUGAAGUGCGGUACACCGGCUGAGGCAACUCAGGCAAAGCCUGGAAAUAGGGGCAAGAGAGACAGUCAAAUUAUUCUCAUGUCUUUCCUGCAAAAGGUCAUGUUCGACGAGAGAAUGACUGAAUUGGAGUAUGAGAUGUUUAACGGGCUCUGGAAUGUGACCGGGAUACCGCCAGACUUCUAUGAAGUCGUCCUCAUGGUUGACGCAGAUACUAAAGUUUUCCCCGACAGCUUAACCCAUAUGAUUUCUGCCAUGGUGAAAGAUCCAGAUGUCAUGGGCUUGUGCGGCGAGACCAAGAUCGCCAACAAGACAGACAGCUGGGUGACAAUGAUCCAGGUCUUCGAAUACUUUAUUUCGCAUCAUCAGUCCAAAGCUUUCGAGUCGGUUUUUGGUGGUGUGACCUGUCUGCCUGGCUGUUUCUGUAUGUACCGCAUCAAGGCGCCCAAGGGAGGCCAGAAUUAUUGGGUUCCCAUCCUUGCCAAUCCCGAUGUGGUGGAACACUAUUCUGAGAACGUGCGGAAGCAGAUCUUUGUGCCCCAGGCUGUGUGUAAGACCGUGGUGCCAGACAAGUUCAUGGUGCUUCUCUCUCAGCGGCGUCGCUGGAUUAACAGUACUGUCCACAACCUCAUGGAACUCGUGCUCGUCCGGGAUCUUUGCGGUACAUUCUGCUUCAGUAUGCAGUUUGUCAUCUUCAUCGAGUUGGUCGGCACUCUUGUCCUUCCAGCCGCCAUUGCAUUUACGUUCUAUGUCGUCGUCAUUUCCAUCAUCAAGAAACCGGUUCAAAUCAUCCCUCUGGUACUACUCGCGCUCAUCCUGGGUCUGCCGGGUGUGCUCAUCGUCGUGACUGCGCAUCGCUUGGUUUACGUGUUGUGGAUGUUGAUCUAUCUCAUUUCACUACCCAUCUGGAACUUUGUCCUUCCGACGUAUGCCUACUGGAAGUUUGACGACUUCAGUUGGGGAGACACUCGUAAGACGGCGGGAGAACAGGACAAGGGCCAUGAAGCCGGGGAGGGAGAGUUCGAUAGCAGCAAGAUCACGAUGAAGCGUUGGCGAGACUUUGAAAGAGAUCGCCGACUGAAAAUGCAGAGUGGAUGGGCACAACCUGCUUUUGGCGGAGGGUAUCCGGCACAAUAUGAGCCAUACUCGGACUAUUGA